GAGUUUUGCGACCACGAACGACUCCGGUAUCCAAUCCAGCCAAGCCGUUGCUACAUUGGCUCGCUCUCUGAGGUCAGUUCGGUGUCCUUUGCGAACCCUGUGGUCAGACAAGCGGUGACCGCCGAGCCCUCCGGUAGUGCAAACAAAACUCCCUGCGAGCUUACAUUCGCGUCCCAACUCCCGCUCAAUUUUCGGUGCUCCAUCAGGUGUAAUUUCGGGUUUGUGCAAUUUUGUGUACUUUUCAGUUGGUGCAUUGCUGCAUUUCCUGCCUUUCCUGUUCCACAACAAGUCCGUAGUGAAGUUAAAAGUGCAAAAUGUCGGACCGGGUCCUGCUAUCGAAAGAUUCGGUCUAUCAGCAGAUCAAGGAUUAUUACAACGCCAACGGUGCGUCGAUUAACAUCAAGAAGCUGUUCGACGAAGAUGAUAUCCGUUUCGAUAAGUUCCACUUGAAGCUAACGACCCCGUCCGAUGGUGACAUCCUGCUCGACUACUCGAAGAACCGGGUGACGGACGAUGCGUGGAAUCUGUUGCUGGAGCUGGCGGAAUCGCGUGAUGUCGUGAAGAUGCGCAACGACAUGUUCGACGGAGAACGCAUCAAUGUGACCGAGAACCGGGCCGUGCUGCACGUGGCCCUGCGCAACCGCUCGAACAAACCGAUCCUGGUCGAUGGCAAGGAUGUGAUGCCGGAAGUGAAUGCCGUGCUGGAACACAUGAAGGAGUUCACCGAACAGAUUCACAGCGGUGCGUGGCGCGGUUACACGAACAAGAAGAUUAGCGACGUGGUCAACAUCGGCAUCGGUGGUUCCGAUCUCGGUCCGCUGAUGGUGUCGGAAGCGCUGAAACCGUACAACCAGGGCAUCCGGUCGCACUUUGUCUCGAACGUGGAUGGCACACACAUUGCCGAAACGCUCAAGAAACUCGAUCCGGAGACGACGCUGUUUAUUAUCGCGUCGAAAACGUUUACUACGCAGGAAACGAUCACGAACGCGACUGCCGCCAAGCGUUGGUUCCUGGAACGUUGCACGGAGAAGGAGCAUGUCGCAAAGCACUUCGUGGCAUUGUCCACCAACAAGGAAAAGGUGGCCGCAUUCGGCAUCGACACCAGGAACAUGUUCGAGUUCUGGGACUGGGUCGGUGGACGCUACUCGCUCUGGUCCGCCAUUGGGCUUUCCAUUUCGCUUGCCAUCGGGUUCGACAACUUCGAGAAGCUGCUGGAAGGUGCCCACUACAUGGAUAAUCACUUCAUGACUGCACCGUUGAAUGAGAAUGCUCCAGUGAUUUUGGCGCUGAUGGGCAUUUGGUACUCGAACUUUUACGGUGCCGAAACGCAGGCACUGCUGCCGUACGAUCAGUAUCUGCAUCGGUUUGCGGCCUACUUCCAGCAGGGCGAUAUGGAGAGCAACGGCAAGGGUGUUACGAAGGCCGGCGAAAAGGUUGAUUUUGCUACCGGUCCGAUCGUGUGGGGUGAACCGGGUACCAACGGUCAGCACGCAUUCUACCAGUUGAUUCAUCAGGGCACACGACUCAUUCCGUGUGAUUUUAUCGCACCUGUCCAGACGCACAACCCGGUAGAGGACGGUGCAAUGCACACGAUACUGCUCGCCAACUAUCUGGCGCAAACGGAAGCGCUCAUGAUGGGCAAAUCGUCGGACCAGGCACGGGCCGAGCUGGAAAAGGCAGGCAUGGCCGGGGAUACGCUCGAGAAGCUGCUGCCGCACAAGGUGUUCACCGGCAACCGGCCGACCAACUCGAUCCUGGUGAAGAAGGUGACACCGUUCGUGCUCGGUGCGCUGAUCGCAAUGUACGAGCAUAAGAUCUUCACGCAGGGCGUCAUCUGGGAUGUGAACUCGUUCGAUCAGUGGGGUGUCGAGCUGGGCAAACAGCUGGCGAAGGCGAUCGAGGUCGAUCUGGCCGAUCCGAACAAAACUACCACGCACGAUUCCUCCACCAAUGGGUUGAUAAACUUCAUUAAAAUCAACCAGGACAAGUAAGCUGUGCCGCCGCAGUGGGGGAAAAUUAUUUAUUGAACCAAGCCCGAUAACAAUAAGCGAACAGUGAAGAAAUUUAAUUACUAUAUAACACCCUGCAAAAACACGCAUAAGUGUAGGCACACCCACCAGAUUAAUCUUAUCCCACUGGGGAAGAUUUCCUAGAACACUUCUUCAAACACAUACACACAAGCUAUUCACGCCACUAGUUCUGGCGCCUAGAGUAGAUGUGGACUGCGUUGUUUUGCCUCCUAAUGCUGGAAAACAAGGUUAUUUCUCGUACACAUGCAAUGGAAGCAAAGCUUGCAGAUCUGUUCGAACGUAGCGCUCUACACCUAAACAAGCGGUGCAAUAUUAUAUGAUUAGUAAUAGCUUCGCUGUAAUGUUAUCAAAUAAAAAUAUGUAUGUUAAACCAUGUUUU